AUGACAAGUGGAGUCUCAGAGCAGACACCCACUAACAGUGUGGGGAAGUCCUUGGUAUCGCACAGUAUCAGAAGAAGUACUCGACGCUACACACCAUAUGGCAAGACACCUCAAAGCCGAAGGAUUGCUGUGACAGCACCCAGAUCAAGAAUUCAAAGAACACCAACAUCAAGAAAAUCAGACAGAGUAAGUGAGAAAGAGCAACAGAAAGAUUUCAAAGGCUUGACAAUGAAAACCUGGCGAUCCUUCAAACUGACACCUCUAUAUGGGUUUAGUAGUAAUCCAAGAAAUCUGAAGAAGAUCGCCAAUGCUCUCUCUGCACACAUAGAAGCGGAAAAAAGAAAAGGCAUUUUUAUGGACAACACUCUGAUGGGCAAGGCAUACAUUAGUAUUUACAAAGAUCUCAAAGUGACAGAGGUUGAUCCGGAAGCAAUCCAGAUUAUAGUUAAAGGGAAAAAUGCAACUGGAGAAGACACCAUACAACUGACAGCUGUGUUGUGUGGUGUGGAUAUGCAAGAAAACCAUAUCAAGGCUGCCAUGCGUGAAAACUUUACUUAUUUUCCAGUCAUGUUGGUGAAAGCAUCACUCUCUAUGUGUAACGCUGUCACUAGAUGGCUUGAGAUGCAGUACGACUGUAAAGUGACUCCUCUCUCUCUGUCUUCCUAUGAUUUGGCCUGGAUGGUGUCCAUGUGGAGCGGAAUGAAAAAUGAAAAUGGGAAGACCAAGCCUGUGGAAUUUCUGUAUUCUGUACCAAAGGAGUGUGAGGGACUGUCAUCUAUAAACUACAGUAUAGAUCCCGAAGAUUGUCAGGAUCUAUGGGAAAGAAUUCAUGAUAAAGAUGAGGUAGACUUUACUAGUGAAGAAGUCCAGAAGUUCAUUCGUAGUUUGGAAGCUCAUUUCUUCCGCAUCUUCAAGGUUAAAAUUUCAGCAAUGUCACUAGUUCGAAUAGGAACCCCGUUGUGUAUGGUGGGAACUGAUGGACGUUUGAAGAUUUUUCUCUCCAACAAGAUCCAUGUGUUGCUGAGGCACCUGACGGAGUUGGCCAUGGGUCACACCUUUAGUAAUAUCCUAGGUGUGAUGUAG